AUGGCUGCCACCAACGGGUCGGAGCCUUGGGCCAAUGCCCUCAGCGAAAAGUUCAAAGAUCGCAUUGUGCUCACCACAUAUCCCGGCCAAAGCGUCGUCGACCCCGUAGAGCUCAACUGGGGCAACGCAGACCCCGAGAAGCGAGGCCCCAUCCUCGUCUCCCGAUCGAAAGAGACCCUCAAGAAGCGAAACGCCAUCGGCGCCCACGGCGGGAGCUACGCCAUCUACAACGCCCUCGCCAUCGCCGCCGGCGACCUGCCCCCCAACUUCCGCCCCAACUUCGAGAACACACAGCCCACGUUCCAGCCUCCCCAGCAGGAGGCGUGGGGCGACUUCUCCAAGAUCGUCUCCAUGGACGCCUUCGGCCACAACGUCUCCACCUACUUCAAGAAGCACCUGGACCAGGGCAUCGACGUGAGGCCGACCAUUGCCAUCACCCGCGCCCACAUGCGCGUGGCCGAGAUCGUCGACUCUAUCAAGUCGGGCAGCCUGCCCGUCGACGGCGACGUCGUCAUCAACAGCACGGGCGACGUCAAGGUCACCAAGAUCGCCGUCGAGCCCGUCUGGCACCUCCCGGGAGUCGCCGCCCGCUUCAACGUUGACGAGGGCAUCCUCCGCCGCGCCCUCUUCGAGUACACCGGCGGCAGCUACCCGGAGCUCGUCACCCGCCCGGACAUGAAGGUCUUCCUGCCCCCCAUCGGCGGCCUGACCGUGUACAUCUUCGGCCCCCCCGAGCGCGUGUCGGACCCGAGCGUGAAGCUGGCGCUGAGGAUCCACGACGAGUGCAACGGCUCGGACGUGUUCCAGUCCGACAUCUGCACCUGCCGACCGUAUCUCACCUUCGGCAUCGAGGAGGCCAUCAAGGAGGCGCAGAACGGCGGAUCGGGCGUGGUGAUUUACUUCCGGAAGGAGGGGCGUGCUCUGGGCGAGGUCGUCAAGUAUCUCGUCUACAAUUCUCGCAAGCGUGGGGGUGACACGGCCGAUAAGUACUUUACCAGGACGGAGAACAUUGCCGGUGUUCGCGAUAUGCGCUUCCAGGCACUAAUGCCCGACAUCCUGCACUGGCUCGGCAUAAAGAAGAUUGACAAGAUGCUGUCCAUGUCCAAUAUGAAACACGAUGCGAUUGUCGAGCAGGGCAUCCCCAUCUACGAGCGGAUUCCCAUCCCAGACCACCUUAUCCCCAGCGACUCGAGAGUCGAAAUCGACGCUAAAAUCAACGCUGGGUAUUUCACAACGGGCAAGAAGUACUCAGAGGACGAGCUGAAGAAUGUGGAAGGCCGGGGUUGGCAGAGCUGGGAGGAUGUGACGCAUUGA